CGACGGCGACAGCGAGUAACGCGGGCUGCUAUGUUGCUGCUGUCGCUAGUGCGCCGUGAGUCAGUUGCAGUGAGGAAUCGCGCAAAUAUAAUUGUAUUGUUUAGCCGAAAGCCAAAGUGCACUCGGAGCAACGUGGACGUGCCUUCGGAGAUGUAAAGAGACGCUGCUCGCGAGCUGCCCAGUAGCUCGCAGCAGUGCAGCCGCUCGGAUUCCCCUAAUUGCUGCUGCUGCUGUUGUUGUUUUCACGGUAAACAUGGCCAAGAGCGUGCUCGGUUCCGAUACCAUGCCCAAGGCGGGCAGAGUUAACGAAGUUUGCAGGGAGUGGUUGGUUCACGAGGACGGAGCACUGGCCUACCGGCUGCAAGACGAAGAAAUUAAAGAGCACUACUCGCACAACAAGGUGCGGAACGCACAGGUGAGGGAGGAUCUGCCGAAAGCUCGAGUCGAGCAGGAAAUGGAGAUGCUGAGAUAUCAAGCUUACGUGCAGGAACAGGAAGAGAGGGACGAGUUAAUUGCCAGACAAGUAGCGCUUUCGCUGGAAAGGGAGGAGCGCACGAAGGAGCGAGAAUUGCGCGAGCAAAUGAGGUUGCAGCUGAGACUCGACGACGAGAUCGCCAGACUGGAGGCCGAGGCUGAAAUACAGCGACGACUACAGGAGGAAAAGGAUCAGGAAUUGGCGCGAAAGAUUCAAGAGGAGGAGGAGGGCGCGAUGGGGGUGGACGUGCAGGACGCCGGGGCGGUGCUGCUGGACGAGCAACUGCUGCUGGACCACAAGAUCGCGAUGGAGGCGCAAGACGCCGAGCUGGCGCGGAUGCUGCAGGACAAGGAGCGCGCCAAGGCCAAGAGGGCGCGCGAACGAGCCAGGCAGAAGAAACUCGAGCGCCAGGCUCAGCAGCAGCAGCAGCAGCAGCAGCAGCAGCAGCAGCAGCAGCAGCAGCACCUCGAGGAGGAGCGCCUGUCGGCGAACGGCAGCCUCGAGAGGCCACGGCGACCCGACAAGCUGGAUCUCAAGUCCAGCCUACCGAAACCGAGGCAGGGACGCCACAGUCGGCAGCCGUCGGACCCCGAAGAGAUUCGCAGCUACUCCGGGGAAUUGGACGAGGAGACGCAGCCGCGCAACGUCGCUGCGAUGAUCGAUCCCACGUACAACGCCAACGCCUACACCAGCUCAAGUUCUAGCAGUCAGAUAAGUCCCGGCUACGCCCUAACGACGCCACCUUCCACUUUGUCCCACGGCGAGCACGUCGUACUCGACGACACCAACUCCUGCUACAUGCCUGUCCCGGGAACGCGACGUAAUCAUUCCAAUCCACAGCAUUCACCCUCGCAAAUCCACGAAGAAAAGCAGAAACGACGCGUUAAAGACAGCUGUAAGCAACAGUAGGCACUCGUUACGUUAUUAACAAUGAGACUAUGUGAAAAUGAAUUACGAAUUUUACACGUUUUUCUAUUCGUUUGUAAUCUGGUGGAAAUAUUUUUGUCCCACGAAAAAAAUUAAAUGUAAUUAUAAAAUUAUGAUAUAUUUUUACAUAACGAAACGGUGUACAAUAUUAUUAAUUAAACUUAAUGAUGUUUCCACGAGCGAUAUGUGUCAGGGGAGUCGUGAACAGAAAUGAGUUUUAUAGCAACAUAAUAUUGAAUAAAAUUGCUACUCUACUUUUAUAUUUUAAAGUAAUUUAACGAAUCAACGUUAUGAUAACAUUUUAGAUAGAUUUUGUAACAAAUUCUGGAAGACCUUUUUACAAACUAACUUUCCAUGUACAUUCCUAUGUCAGUAUAUAUAUAUAUUAAUACAAAAGUAUUUCCACCAUAUUUCAUAGUAUACAUAACGCUUAUGAGGCCUUUUUCACCUUGGAAUAAAUUGCUGAUAAUGAAAUUCAAUUGUGCCUUUGAGAUAUGGGCAUCAAUUUUUACCCGAGUGCCUCGACUAUCGAGCUAAACUAAAUGAAAUAGGAAGUGCAUUUAUUAUACGAUUAGCAAACUGGUUUUACUUGAUAAGCUUUCAAAGUAGCAUCUUAAGGCAAUACUUUUUCAUCAUCAAUCAAAAUUCAAUCAUUAUAUUAACAUUGUAUACAAUACUUUUAUGAAUCGUAUACCUUACACUCGUAGUGAGAUUUUACACUAUAUUUGGUCAACUCGACUUUUAUUCGAACCAAUUGUUGCCAAAGAUCUGAGAUCUUGCAGAAAUUAAUCAUUAAUAAGUUUUAUUAUUAAAAAAUAUAAACGUUUGAACUGCGUUUUUACCUCCAAAAGAUCUAAUCAUAUAUGGAUAAAAAAAAAAUAAAAGUAUUAGUAUUAUCAGUAUACUUGCUUCGCAUAUCGAGCAAUAGAGAAUUAUGUUUAUAAUUAUGAGAAAUAUUUGUGCAGUAAUUAGUAAUCUAUUACUGCGAAAAAUUGUGCGUUUACAUGAUUUAUUAUAGUACGACGUGGGAUUUCGGAGACUUAUUUACAAGUGAAUAAAUUUAUAUUAUC